UCAAACAUAAAAAUAACAUCAAAGUCCUGCAAAGGCUCUGGACUCCAGUUUCUCUUCUCUUCUCCACUAAUGUCUUUUCCUUUCCUCAACUCUCCUGCUUUGUCUCCUCACCUUUCCUCCCCUUGUGUCCUAUUUUCCUCCCAUCCUGUUUCUUCUUCUUCCUUCUUUUCCUUGUGUCCGUUCAUGUUCUCCUCCUCCCUGAAUCUUCCCUCACCUCUUCUCCUUAUCGAUCCUUCUCUUCAGCACCUCCCUACAGUGGCCUGGACUCUUUCCCAGAUGCUGACUAUGAUGACUACGCUCCAGCAGGGGGCAGCAGAUCAAGUUUCACAGGGAGGACACCGACCUACCGCCUCCCAGACAGCACUUACCGCAGACCUGGAUACAGCACUGGUUACUACAUGGAAGGAGACUAUGUCACCCCUGAUGGCUUUGUGCUGCAGCCUGGGUCCUUCCAGCGUUCCUCUGAGCCACGGUCUGAGAGGACAUUUGGAGCCCAGCCUCCUGUGUCUCUGCCACUGCCUGCAGCGCCCUAUGAAGACAUGGAGGAGGAGUUGGAGGAGGAGCCAUGGAGGUCUGGUCCUCCUUUCCCUCCCUUCACUGACAGGAGCAGAGGAGAUGCAGCAGCAGCAGGUGGAGGAGGAACACUGAGGAGGGUGUAUGAGAGGCGCUAUGAGUCCCAUGCUGGCCUGAACGCAGCAGAGGAUUGUGGGAUACUACAUGGUUGUGAGAACGGCAGAUGUAUCCGUGUUGCAGAAGGUUACACAUGUGACUGUUACCAAGGAUUUGAGCUGGACCUGACCUCCAUGACCUGUAUAGAUGUAAAUGAGUGUGAAGACGGCGUUGAUGUGGCCUUCCCGUGCGUCAAUGCUCGCUGUGUCAACACUGAGGGCUCGUUCCGCUGUGUCUGCAGGAGAGGCUACAUCAUGUCCCGCCGGCCCAACCACUGUGUGGCUGCUUAGACCGCCACGUCCCAGCCGUCUGCUUCCAGUCCAUGUCAGUCCGCCACAUCCCAGCCGUCUGCUUCCAGUCCAUGUCAGUCCGCCACAUCCCAGCCGUCUGCUUCCAGUCCACGUCAGUCCGCCACAUCCCAGCCGUCUG